GCCGGAUGUGAGGUGGCUCCCAAGGAGCAAGCCAAAGAUAAACACGUAGCCAGACGAACAGGGGCGACUCUACUAAUAUCAUAGAGAGGCUACUGUGAAACCAUCGAAAUGGAGUAGCUGAUAAGAAUAUAGAGGAUUUAGCAGGCAAGGAGACACCCGUCUAAUUAACCAAGGAGCAAGUCUUCCGCAGGAAUCGAGUCGUAUCUGUAGCUGAAGCCAAAAUGGUACGAGCAGCCUUGGUGACUGCCACCAGUCUAGCACUGACUGGGGCUGUGGUGGCACAUGCUUAUCUCCUCAAACAUCAGUUCUACCCGACUGUGGUCUACCUCACCAAGAGCAGCCCCAGCAUGGCGGUGUUGUACAUUCAGGCCUUUGUGUUGGUGUUCUUGCUGGGAAAGUUCAUGAGGAAGGUCUUUUUUGGACAGCUAAGGGCUGCAGAAAUGGAGCAUCUCAUUGAGCGCUCCUGGUAUGCAGUGACCGAGACGUGCCUGGCAUUCACUGUGUUCAGGGAUGACUUCUCCCCCCGCUUCGUAGCCCUCUUCACCCUCCUGCUUUUCCUUAAGUGCUUCCACUGGCUGGCUGAGGACCGGGUGGACUUUAUGGAGCGGAGUCCAAACAUAUCAUGGCUUUUUCACAUGAGAGUAUUAUCUCUCAUGGGACUUCUGGGUGUCCUGGACUUCCUGUUUGUCAACCAUGCCUGUCACAGCAUCAUUACCCGAGGAGCCUCAGUCCAGCUUGUUUUUGGAUUUGAGUAUGCCAUCCUGCUGACCAUGGUACUGACCACCUUCAUUAAAUACCUUCUGCAUACCAUUGACCUGCAGAGUGAGAAUCCCUGGGACAACAAGGCUGUCUAUAUGCUCUACACCGAGCUCUUCACAGGUUUCAUCAAAGUGCUCCUGUACAUCGCCUUCAUGACCAUCAUGAUAAAGGUCCACACCUUCCCCCUGUUCGCCAUUCGCCCCAUGUAUCUGGCUAUGAGGCAAUUCAAGAAAGCUGUAACAGACGCUAUCAUGUCUCGGAGAGCCAUCCGCAACAUGAAUACACUAUAUCCUGAUGCCACUCCUGAAGACCUGCAGUCCUCUGACAACGUCUGCAUCAUCUGUCGAGAGGAAAUGGUCACCGGAGCCAAGAAACUGCCUUGUAAUCACAUUUUCCACUCAAGCUGCCUGCGCUCCUGGUUCCAGAGGCAGCAGACCUGUCCUACCUGUCGCAUGGACGUUCUCCGGGCAUCAAACAACAAUCAGACUCCAGCCCCAGCCCAGGCCCCGCCCCCUGCUCCAGCAGCCCCUGCCAACGCACCUGCAGCCCCACCUGCCAACGUGGCUCCAGGCAUGUUACCUGGAUUUCCUCCAGGCAUCUUCCCCUUCUGGGGUCCCUUCCCUGCAGUGCCCCCUCCUCCUGCUGCUGCAGCAGCUGCAGCUCCUGGUGCCACUGAUGUUCCACAGGGCAGCACAGAGGCUACACAAGCAGCUGGUUCCAGCCAGCCCACAUCAUCAUCUGCAGACACUGCUGCUGCUGCUGCUGCUGCCGCGGCUGCUGCUGCUCCAGGAUCAGCUCUCCCAGGCUUCCCCUUCUCCUUCCCCCCUCCUCCCUUCCCCACUGCUCCUUGGCUGCCCAUGCCACCACCUCCUCCCUUCAUGUCAUCAAUGCCUCCCCCUCCUCCGUCUCUGUCCCGGCUAUCGGAGGAGGAGCUGAGGGAGCUGGAGGCAGAGGGCCGACGAGGCCUUGAGGCCCGGCUCCAGUGUCUGCAGAACAUUCACACCCUGCUGGACGCUGCCAUGCUCAACAUCCACCACUACCUCAGCACUGUGGCCACACUCAGUCCUCCUCGGCCUGAGGGCAGAACUGCAGAUGCCAGCGGGACGAACAACUCCGCCUCAUCUCCUGCAGCUGGCAGUAGCACGGGCAGUCCCAGCCAGGAGAAUGACUCUCCAAGCUCUGAGCAGGUGGACGGAGCCACAGUCUCCUCUCAGCCAGCUGACUCCACUUCAGCUGCCUCGGACACGGAGAGACAAGAAAUGAUGGAUGAAGGAGCGGUGGUGGGAGAGGAGGAUGGAGAGCCCAAUGCUGCUGAGCUGAGACGCCGGCGCCUUCGUAAGCUAGAGACGGCAACAACGUCAUCAUCAUCUUCACCCCCUCCAGACAACUGACCCACGCGCUCUGAUUCAGAUAUGUUGCUCUGGACCAACUGGAACUCUGAGCUGAUCGAUCGUUGCUUUGGUUCCUCAUUGCCUCUCUUCCUCGUGGCUCUUGCCUUUCCACAGGCUCAGGUUUCUAACUGUGUCGAGUUGGACUCAGGCUACCAGGAGACGCAACAAUCUUUACUGCUUAUCUGGAUACUUUCUGUGUCAGAAAGCAAUAGCACGACUCCUAUUUUUGUUUGUUUUCACCACCCUUUCCCUCCCCCAGAAUGACUACUGCAAUAAGGGCACUGCAGGUGUUAGUAAGUUUAAUCAGAUGGAAGAGGAAUGCUGAUUUUGGUCAGUGUGAGAGAGACUGUGUUUGGAUUUGUGUCUGGUAGUUUUACUGUCAGUGAGGUCUUUGCCUGCACUUUGAUUUUUGUUUAAUUCAGCUUUCUUCAGUAUACACGUGGUCUCAUGCACCACGUCAACAUGUUACACAGCACCUGGAUCAGUGUCAGGUCCGGUGAGUUCAAAUCUAGGGAAAAUGAUCAACUCCUCCGGCUUUGGCUUUCUUUAACAUUGAUCACUCUUCUGUUGCCACUGCGGACAUUGUAACUUACUGAUUUAUUUGAAUGUGUACAUACUGUAUAAAGAGUUUUAAUAGGAUGAUCUGUACAUAAUGCAGAAUAAACUGUUCAGCUGAAACGGCAGCAGCACAACUCCUCUGUUGGUCUGUAUGUUCCCAAACUGAAGCCAUAGAGAUGGGUCCAGUGGUCGAGACCCCCCAAAGGAUCCCGUCAUGAAUUUGAGUGGUUACAAGAUGAUUAAAGGAAAACCUGAAUCUCU